AUGGCUAGACUUGCAAACCGAGACUUUGAGAUCCUUGAAACCUCAGGCCAAAGGUAUCUAGAAUGGAGGGUGGAUGCAAAAGCUUACCUAAAGUCACUUAGCCUCGACCACACCAUUGUCGAAGGUGGUGCCCCUACCCCUUUGGAGCAAGCGAAAGCAUUGGUGUAUCUCAAACACCAUAUACAUGAAGAACUCAAAUCUGAAUACAUCCUUGUGGAAGAUCCCAAAGAGUUAUGGGAUAACCUAAAGGAUAGAUUUGAGCAUUUGCAAAGAAUUAUCGCUCCAAGGGCCCAACAUGAAUGGUCAGUACUCAGGUUUCAGGACUUUGCAUCAGUAGCGAUACAAUUCUGA